AUGCCGAAAUCAAAACGGAGUCGAGAAGUCAAGCUAACCGCUGUGCGGAAGCACGCCAGGGAGCGCAAGAUGGCGCUCAUGGACUCGGUACGCGCAGCCAUCGAGGCGCCGCUGGACGGAGGGGAGCGAUUCGUGUACCUGCUGGCGCUCCACAACCAGCGCAACUCGCCGCUGGAGAAUAUAAGGCAGAUUCUCAGGCCGGGCCGCGUCUUCUACGGCAAGAACAAGGUGCUUCAACUGGCGCUGGGCGCCAAGCCCGAGACCGAGCUGCAGACCAACCUUCACAAAAUCGCAGAGCGCAUAGUAGGCGAGCGCGCGUUGCUCGUGACUACGGAGCCUCCGGAGGAGGUGAGAAGCAAGCUCGAGGGGUACAAGGUGGCCGACUUCGCCAAGGCGGGAAACACAGCUACAGACACCAUAGUCUUGCAGCCGAACGAUGAAUCGCUUGACGUCUUCCCGGGCAACAUGGAGCCUCAGAUGCGGCAGCUGGGAAUGCCGACAACGCUCAACAUGGGCAAGAUUCAGCUCCUGGGCGAGUACCACGUCUGCGAGAAGGGCAAGCCACUGACGCCGAACCAGGCCCAAGUGCUGAAAAUGCUUGGCAUACGCAUGGCCGUGUUCGAGGUGACGCUUGACUGCUACUGGGCCGACGGCCACUUCCACCGUGUCAGCCAGUGA